UAGGAAGCUUGAGUCAUACACAGAUCAGAACUUAUCUGCUUUAUUUUUCUUGUCUGUUUAUCCAGUAUCAGGAAAUAACAACACGUGCUGUUGGCAUGUUUCAAUUUUGGAUUCUUUGCACCCAACACUCAAAAAUCUAAGAGAAAAAGAAAAGCUUAAUCUAAUUCAACAUCUCAAUAACAUCAUCAUCAAUAAACAUGUCAACCUGUGUUGGGAAAUUCCGAAGAUGCGCCUCUUUGGUUUCCCGGAGGAGAUUCUCCACCACCACCACCUCCUGCACUCAGAAGGAUGCAGCUGAGCAAGGUUUGAAAUCAAUGAACCUUUAUUCUGCCAUUAACCAAGCUCUCCACAUUGCCUUGGACUCUGAUCCUCGUGCUUAUGUUUUCGGAGAGGAUGUAAGCUUUGGUGGGGUCUUCCGUUGCACGACUGGAUUAGCAGAUCGAUUUGGGAAAAAUAGGGUUCUCAAUACUCCUCUCUGUGAGCAGGGUAUCAUUGGCUUUGGCAUUGGUCUAGCAGCCAUGGGUAAUCGCGCCAUAGCAGAAAUCCAGUUUGCAGACUACAUUUUUCCUGCUUUUGACCAGAUUGUCAAUGAAGCUGCUAAAUUCAGAUAUCGGAGUGGAAACCAAUUUAAUUGUGGUGGCUUAACAAUUAGAGCCCCUUAUGGAGCCGUGGGCCAUGGUGGGCAUUACCACUCUCAAUCCCCUGAGGCUUUCUUCUGCCAUGUUCCUGGUAUCAAGGUGGUUAUCCCUCGCAGUCCGCAGCAAGCAAAAGGAUUGUUGCUAUCUAGUAUACGAGAUCCAAAUCCUGUUGUAUUUUUUGAGCCAAAGUGGCUUUACCGUUUGGCUGUUGAAGAAGUACCAGAGGAUGAUUACAUGUUGCCUUUGUCUGAGGCCGAGGUGGUUCGGCAAGGAUCUGAUAUUACACUUGUUGGAUGGGGAGCCCAAUUAUCUAUAAUGGAACAAGCUUGCGCUGAUGCUGAAAAAGAGGGAAUUUCUUGUGAAUUGAUAGAUCUGAAGACACUAAUUCCUUGGGAUAAGGAAACAGUGGAGGCCUCAGUUAAGAAGACAGGAAGACUGCUUGUUAGUCAUGAAGCUCCUAUAACUGGAGGUUUUGGUGCUGAAAUCUCGGCUUCCAUUGUUGAGCGCUGCUUCUCAAGGCUAGAGGCCCCUGUUGCAAGAGUUUGCGGUCUAGACACUCCUUUUCCUCUGGUUUUUGAACCCUUCUACAUGCCAACCAAGAAUAAGAUAUUGGAUGCAAUUAAAUCAACAGUCAACUACUGAUGUGCUUAAUCACUUUAUCUUGGCCAUAUAUGUGAUCUUAGUGCAAUCAUCAUAUGAUCAUGUUCUUGGUUAGGGAUGCAUUAGUGUGACGCAGAUCAUUGUAUUAGGGGGAAACUCAAAAUUCAUCUUUCCCUAUUGUUCAUAUGCGAAAAAUGAAAAAUCAACAAAAGCACAAUGGCAAUGUACAUGUAAUGCUUUCAACUUUCUUGUAUGAUGGCCUAUGUGCUGAGAAAUGUAAAAUGUCUCCAUUAGUAAUUCUCUCACAAUAAAUGGAUGCUUUCCUUUGAACUGUGAUAGUGAUCACUGAAUCAAAUAUGUACAACUUGUGGCACAGUAAAUUUGGACUUCAUAUUUGUAUAGCUUGGAUAAUUGCAAGCAUAUUUUAGGUCGA